AUGACUGAAAAUUCUAGCACUACGCCUUCAAACGGCCGCUCGCGCGCAGCAUCGCACAGCAUCGCGCAACUGAAGGGCAGCGAAACUGUCAAGGCUUCUCAAUCCGGCGCCCAGAACACCUUCCUGCAACCAGCAUCAACGACCUCUCCCACCAGUACCGGGGCGUCGCUUGAAGACGGCGGCUCCACGUUCACUCCGCGGGGCAACAUGACCACGUCAGCCCCAUCCAAUCACUACCCUCCGUCAGGCAGCUACUCUGCGGAACAUAUCACGACCCGGCUUCAUACGGUCUUCGAACAAAGCGAGCCAAGUGACACUCCGCCAGCGAAGGGCAAGGAUCUCGGUCAGCGUCGCAUCAACAUCCCCAACGUCCGCGUAGCCGAUACCUCUAACACAAGCCACGAGGCCAGGCCUUCCAUGCGCUUCAAUCUCACCAAGGGUCAUCGCGAGGAGCUUCGUGAACUGCGCAAAGGACCAUCGACACCCUUCAAAAGCAAGCUCAUCGAUGCAAACAGUGCACUUCUUACGGAAGACGAAAAGCACGAAUACCUACCAGAUCUGGAACUUGCCGUCCGGUGGACAACGUUCCUAGUACACCUCGACAUCGGUUUGACCAACGCCGUCGUCAUCGUCUUCGGCGAUCGCAAGGCGCUCCACCCUUCCGACUUUGAGUGGGCGGUUGAGAAAGUUACGGAAGGUCAUGACUAUAUCAAAGACACAGUCUGCGUCCAGGCACACGCCUUGGUGCAGGAGCUCACUACUGAAGAUGCUUCUCUUUGGGAUCUCACCGACAAUGACUUCGCCAAGUAUCUGGACGGCAAUUUCGACACCGAGCAGUACUUUUCUGUCUUCGACUUCAUGAGGGACUUCAUCAACUUCGAAGGCUCAUCAAAGCUCGGCAAGUGGUACAUGCAGAAUGUCUUUAUCAAUCUCGUGGUCCGCGUCCGCAAGUGCAUGGCUGAUGCUGAUGCCGACAGCUGGCAGAAUGUCCUCAAUUUCUUCGACGGCGUUGCGCUUGUCAAGGCGCAUGACACAGUUGAUAUGACAGCCUUCCAGCAGCUGACGGAGAAAUUUCGCGACGAAAAGGAGCUUCAGCAUCGCAGAAUCGCCGCCACGCGGCACACCUUCAUCUCCAGGGGCUCGGCACCUCAGAAGGAGGCCAUCUUGCCGUUCUCUGAUAUUCGCACUGGUGGUAUGGAGGAGGUUGAAGCUAUCGAUGCUGCUGUGGGGGACCAGAUGGAGACCAAUAAUACGGACUGGGCUUAUACCGAGCUCUAUCACGAUACGCCCACAACAAUCCUAGAAAGCACACAGUUCGAUCAGAAGAGCCUCGGCAUCGACCGCGACAACGAGAUCCGUGAGGAUGGCACGAUCGAGACUAGUAUCAGCCAAGCGAUCGAUGGCGGUUCUGUGGGCAAGGGAAAGUCUAGUGCGGAGGGGGAUGGCGCCGAGAAGGAUGGCGCUGAGAAGGAGCAGGAGGAUGUCGUUUGGAGCAAUGCCGGAUUCGAAGUUGAAGAGGAGCACGGAGAGCAUGAUGAAGAGGAGAAUGGGAGGAUGCAGAGGUGCCGAGGGUCAAGUGGAACGACGGAGGAUUCAAAUUGGCGGUGGAGGAUUUGA